UAGAGCAGUAGCAGUUAGAAGGGAGAGAGAGGGAGGGUGCAUUGGCAAGGAAAGAAGGGGAGGACGAGGUAGUAGUAGUGAGAGGAACAGUAGGGAAGGAGAAGGGAAAAAUAACAAACACUCUGAGUGCGCCGCUGCUGCAGCACCAUUCUUCUCCUUCGUCUUCUUCCACUUCUUCUAGCUCUCCCUCCCUGCCCCAGCCUUGCCUGCCUGCUUGUGCUUGCUUCUCUGCCUCUCUGCCUCUCUCUCUCUCUGCAUGCUUGCUUGCUUGCGCCUUCUCGCCCUCUCGCCUUUGAUUUCUCGUCUCGUCUCGUCUCGUCUUGUGUCGUUGGGUGUCGUCUCGAGAGAAAGCUUGAGAGGAGGAGGCAGUGAUUGCAUUGUAGGGAAGAGGGAGAAGAGAAGAGAAGAGAAGAGUGGUGGAGCAAUUGUUGUGUGGGUGCUGGUUGUAGAGUGGCGUUAUUGUGUCGAGGUCUUGGGAGUAGAGAUUUAGGUUUGUCUUUUUUUGAGAGGGGUUAGAUCUGGAUCUCGGAGUUGUUUAGCGUUGAUUAGAGCUUUUUUCUUCUUCUUUUUCUUCUUUUCUUUUCCCAAGGGGUUGGAGCAGGAGGGUGCAAUGGGGCAGCGGGAGGGUUUGGUACAAUGGCUUCUGGUGGUGAUGGUGGUGGCAGUGGUUUGUGUUGCUGGAGUGGAGGGGAGGACGCUUCUGAGUGCCAAGGAUCAUCGCUACAAGAUGCACGAUAGUGUGCCUCUGUUUGCCAACAAAGUUGGCCCGUUUCAUAACCCUAGCGAGACAUACCAGUAUUAUGAUUUGCCUUUCUGUAAGCCUGACCACUUCGUUCAUAAAUCCGAGGAUUUGGGAGAGGUCUUGGAGGGUGACCGCAUGGUGAACACCCGCUAUAACAUCACUUUCAUGGUUGAUAAGGCUGUUGAGAAUCUGUGCACCGUCACCCUUACACCUGCCGAUGUGAUUAAGUUUAAGAGAGCCGUAGAGCAUGACUAUUACUUCCAGAUGUUCUUCGAUGAUCUUCCAUUGUGGGGAUUCGUAGGGAAGAUGAAAGAAACGGAAAAUAGAGAACCUCGCUACAUGCUGUAUACUCAUAUCCACUUUGAGGUGAUGUACAAUGGUGAUCGUGUAAUUGAAGUAGCUGUGCGCACUUAUCCCAAUGAGGCCGUUGACAUUUCAGAAGAGAAGGACACUGAGGUUAAAUUCACUUAUUCAGCCCAAUGGGAUCGAACCGCAGUGACUUUUGAGAAGCGGAUGGAGAAGUACCAGAAACAUUCAUUUCUGCCUGAACACUUGGAAAUUCACUGGUUCUCCAUCAUCAAUUCUUGUGUAACUGUGCUACUACUGACUGGUUUUCUUACCACUAUUUUCAUGCGAGUACUCAAGAACGACUUUAUUAAGUAUACAAAUGAGGAUGAAGAAGAGCACGAGGAAACAGGCUGGAAGUACAUUCAUGGUGACGUCUUUAGAUUCCCUCCGUAUCCCAAUUUGUUUUCUGCAGUCAUAGGAAGUGGAACGCAACUUUUGGUCUUGGUUUUCUUCAUUUUCGGCUUGUCUCUUGUGGGUGUUUUCUAUCCGUACAAUCGCGGCGCUCUCAACACUGCCUGCCUUGUUAUCUACGCCCUGACUGCUGGAAUUUCUGGCUACGUGUCAGCACAUCUUUACCGUCAAAUGGGUGGUGAAAACUGGGUAAGAAAUCUGCUAUUGACAGGGUCGCUCUUCUCCGGCCCUUUGUUUCUAGUAUUUUGCAUCAACAAUACUGUUGCAAUCGGUUAUCGAUCAACGCAAGCUCUGCCCUUUGGAACGAUUGUCGUUAUUGCUAUCAUUUGGAUUGUCGUGACCUUUCCCUUGACCGUUCUCGGAGGAAUAGCAGGAAAGAACAAUAAGUCAGAGUUCUAUGCCCCAUGUCGAACCAAUAAGUAUCCUCGUGAGAUUCCCGCCUUGCGGUGGUAUCGUCGCACUGUUCCACAGAUGUGCUUGGCAGGUUUUCUGCCAUUCAGUGCAAUCUACAUCGAACUCUAUUACAUUUUUGCAAGUGUUUGGGGUCACCAAAUCUAUACUAUCUACAGCAUUCUGUUCAUUGUUUUCAUCAUCCUCAUCAUUGUAACAGCUUUUAUCACUAUCGCGCUGACAUAUUUUCAACUCGCUAUCGAGGAUCACGAGUGGUGGUGGAGAUCUGUGUUUUGUGGAGGUUCGACUGGACUUUUUAUUUAUGGAUAUUGCUUUUAUUACCAUCGCUUUCGAUCCGGUAUGGCUGGGUUGAUGCAGACAUCUUUUUUCUACGGCUACAUGGGCUGCGUUUGCUAUGGCUUCUUCUUGCUGUUAGGUUCGGUUGGAUACAGAGCCUCACUACUGUUUGUUCGCCACAUCUACCGUGCCAUCAAAUGUGAGUAGGCUAUUGUGAGCUGCUAGAGCUCUGCUCUUUCUCUUCAAUAGCCCUACAGGUUUUCCAGUUUUAGACUGUAAAGCUAUAUUAGAACUCGAUUUAACAACCUAGAGCAGCGGAAGAUGUUGGAGGCAGUUCAAAAGCCUUGGAAUCAAAUGCUGUGCAAAUCUAACAGUGCACUAGGUUUUUUCGUACAAAUAACUCCUGGGGAACAGUUGUUUGUAAAAGUCAGCUGUACAGUGUCUGUUAAUCUGGUAGUGAUUCACAGGGCAGACAGUUAUUUUAGAUUCUGCUCCUUCACAGUGAUGACUUGCGGGAAAAAUCGCUCAGUUGCGAGACAUCUGUUCAUAUUAUUGCCUUGCCAGGUGCAUUGAUCUGAAGUUUAUGUCUCGAAAGAGGUGCGUAUGUUAUGCAUGGAAA